UUUAACAUUUUAUUUAAAAAUUGAUUGGUUUAUCUCAGAAUCGAUUUAUAUUUAUUUAUUUUACUUUUCCUAAGAGGUGGUGGAGUUACCACUUUUAUUCCAACAGACGGCAAAAGGCAUUUGUUGUUAUCUGUAUUAGAUGACGUCAUAUCCGUUUGAAGCUGGUGCGAGAAAGCAAAACCAUGGUGGAGGCCAUGAGAAUGAGAAACCUUGAGAAUUAUUUCGGCACCUUCACGUUUUAAAUCCCAAGUGUGGAAACACUUUGAAUUUUACACUUUGCCGGGAAAAGCAGCACUAGACAUGACUAAAACAGUAUGCAAACUCUGCCAUACACUGAUAGCAUAUUGUGGCGAUACGACCAACUGAAGUGCACACCUUGCUCGGCACCAUCUAGAGCUGAAUGUUGAGCUGAACGCCAAACAACCUGCAGCAACCCAAAUGACUCUGGAUGUGACAUUGAGUAAAUUACCGAGCACUUCGGAGAAAGCAAAACGCAUCACUUUGUUUUUACAAAGACAUUUAUCUGUGUAGCAUUGGGGAAAAUGCAGGUUUUAGAAAUAUGAUCUAUACUUUGGAGUCGAGGUACGUUAUACCAUCGAAGAUUCUUUUUCAGAGACAGUCAAAUCUUGCAGAGCUGCUUCGUCAUGUAGUGACUGAAUAGAACUUAACGGGUAAAGACCCUGCUUUAGUCACAGACAAUGCAUCUAAUAUUGCUAUAGCUGCCCAAUUUCUCCAUAUCAAAUGCACAUUCUCAACCUGGCCUCACAGUAUGCACCAAAGCUGCCAGCUGUUGCAAAGUUACUUGGAUGAGUACGACGCGUUACCGGAUUUUUCCACGGAAGUGCUGCAGGGCUUCAUGCUUUGCAGAAAAACAAGUUACCGGAGCUCCCUCCUGAUAACAGACGUUUUAACGAGAUGGAAUAGUGCCAAUGAGAAGGUUGAACGUUUCCUAGAACAACAGCCUGCAGUAACAGCUGCACUGCUCUCACCUGAGCAGUGGAAGAGAGAGAAUGAUAUCAGCACCUUGACUGAGUCGGACAUAUCCAAUGCAGAGGAAUUCAUUCAGGCCAUGAAACCAGUGAAGGUAGUGCUACAUGUGUUAUGUCAGAUGAGAAUAACCCGAUACUCUCUGUCAUAGCCCCACUACAUGCACAGCUCCUACAUGACACCCAGAAGAACAGCUCAGGGGAGCGACCAUCUUUACCAAGCUGGACGUCUGAAGCGCUUACAAUCUGGUGCGUAUAAGACAAGGAGAAGAGUGUAAGACGGCAUUCGUGACACCUACAGGUCACUAUGAAUACUUAGUCAUGCCAUAUGGACUGAAUAACGCACCUUCAGUAUUCCAGGAUUUCAUGCAUGAGGUCCUCAGAGACUUUAUGCAUCAGUUCGUGAUUGUCUACAUAGACGACAUUCUGAUCUACUCCUCAAAGCCUCAGGAACAUCAGCACCAUGCUGCGGAGGUCCUACAGCGCCCCAGGGAACAUCACCUGCACCUCAAAGCUGAAAAGUAUAGCCUUCCACCUAUCUUCCAUCCAGUUUCUUGGUUAACACAUCUCCAGUAAGGGUAUCGCCAUGGACGAGCGGAAGGUGGCAGCAGUACGCAACUGGCCAACACCCACAACCAUCAAAGAACUUCAACUUUUCUGGGUUUUGCCAACUUCUACCGGCAAUUCAUUAAGAACUUCAGCUCCACAGUUCUCUCACUCACAGACCUCCUCAAGAAGAAACCCAAAUCCCUGUGCUGGUCUCCCUUGGCCACCGAAGCAUUUGAACACCUGAAGGAAAAUUUCUCCUCAGCGCCACUCCGACGACGACAUCCCGAUCCAUCUCUACCCUUCAUCGUCGAGGUAGACAUCUCAUCUUCCGGGGUAGGAGCAGUGCUUUCUCAGCAGCAGGGCAAGCCAUCUGUACUCCAUCCGUGUCCCUUCUACUCCCAUAAACUCACCCCGGCGGAAAGGAACAAUGACACCGGGGAUAAAGAACUACUAGCAAUCAAGUUAGCAUUGGAGGAAUGGAGGCAUUGGUUGAGGGGUGCUCACAGAUACACAGACCACAAGAAUCUGCAGUAUUUAACUGCAGCACACAGAAAUCCACCCAGGGGCCAAUGGAACCAUCUCGCUUCUCAAGGAGAGCUUCUGGUGGUCCGGUAUGGCAGCGGAUGUGAGACGGUUCAUCCAGUCUUGUAGAGCCUGCUCCAUCUCCAAGAGCUCCAGACACUUACCUGAAGGAAAGCUCCAUCCUCUCCUAAUUUCUCAUCAGCCAUGGUCACACCUAGGAGUGGAUUUCAUCACAGACUUACCUCCAUCCUCCGGUAACACUUGUGUGUUUCCCCUCAAAGGUCUUCCCACAGCCAUGGAAUCCGCACAGCUCCUAAUGCAUCUUUUGUUCCGGUAUUACCUGAUCCCAGAGGACAUUGUCUCUGAUCGUGGACCUCAAUUUAUUUCAAGGGUGUGGCGUGCAUUUUUCUCUCUCCUGGGUAUGACUGUGAGUUUGUCCUCAGGUUACCACCUGAUGAACCUGGUUAACAGGUUCUUUCUGACAUUUUGCCAUGACCACCAGGAGUCCUGGAGCCAGUUCCUCUGCUGGGCCAAGUACGCCCAGAACUCUAUACGUCAGCCAGCCACCGAGCUAACCGCCUUCCAAUGCGUACUCGGUUACCAGCCACCCCUGUUUCCCUGGUCAGGGGAACUGACUGAGGUGCCAGUCAUCAACCACUGGUUCCAGGAGAGCGAGAGGAUCUAGGACAACGCUCAUCACCAUCUGCAAAGAGCCAUACGUCGCCAAAAGAUUCAGGCACCAAAAGAUUAAAAAAUGAGACCUCGCAGUAUCAGCCUGGGCAGAUGGUGUGGCUCUCCAUUAGAGACAUCCGACUCAAGACUCCAUGUCGAAAAGCCUUGCCAGUAAGAAGAACCCCCUCCUCCUAAACCUGAAAGACGGGACCAUCUACUUGGUGAAGGAGAUCCUGGACUCCCAUUGCCGUGGUGGUAGACUAGAAUGCCUGCUCGACUGGGAGGGGUAUGGACCCAAAGAACGCUCCUGGGUCCCAAGGGACGACAUUUUAGACCCCGCUCUCCUCACCACCUUUCCCCAUGAGCAUCCCAGUCGACCCGCACCACGAGGCAGAGGUAGACCACUGCGACGACUGGGUCCUCGGCCCUCAGGAGCGGGCUGUGGAGAGGGAGGUACUGUCAUGGAGCCAGGCUCUCUCACCACACCUCCACCAUGAACUCUCUCACCCGAAUAUUAAUCACCAUCACCUGUUCCUCAUCAAUCCCAGCAUACAAGCACACACUCCUCACUCAGUUGUUGUAUGGUCUCAGCAAUGAAACAGACUCUAACCUGUAUUACUUACCCAAGUACCUACCUGAAAGUCCCUCGUCGAAGUCUCCUCGUUUGAGUGUGUUCCUCGUCGUCAUCUGUGUUCUACUUAUCUUCUUUGUGCUACUCCUACAUCUUCUUCCAAGCCAUCAGAUCUUCAGCUCAGCGUCCACGAUCUCCUGUUUCACAAAGGAUAGUAUUACCAUUCUGCUACUUGCAUCCGCUAUUUAUAUCUUCACCAACACUUACCUGCUAUUGACUGUGUUGUGUUCAAUAAACGUUGUGCAAAGUUACUUACCAUAUGCCUCCAAAGUGUUCCAUUACAGUAUCAGGAUAGUAUUGAAUUGGAAGAUUAGUGUAUCGUUCCAGCCCUAGUUUUAAGUGGUCGAGUUCACUCACUAUUACAUACGUUUUUGUUGUCUGCCAACAGAAACAUAAGUAAGUAAAUAAGAACCAUAACCUUGUUAUGGUGUUAGAGUGCAUUUUGGUGAAUAAUGGUUUUGUCAUCUUGAUUGGAUUUUUUUGGGUGUAAUAUAACAUAUCAAUUGAUAUUUUUUUUAAAGCAUGAUUUGUCACAUAUUUUACAUUUAUUGCUGUUUCCCUCCUCCUGAAA